GUAGACUUCAACCUUUCAGACGCGUCGGGAGCUCGUUCUCGCAUUAUUUACCAUUUACCAUUUACCUACCUCCUCUAUCUUUGAAGUUUCCUCCACACUCGUUGAAAACAAGACAUUGCUCCCCAUCACCUUGCUUAGACGUCCUCCCGCUAUCCUCUUUUCUAGAGCUCUUUCAAACACCCUUUGCUCUGGUUAUUUCCUCCACAAUGCUUCGUCGACCGCCCACCACGCUGUCGCUCACGGCCGAGGACAUAGCCGCAUACGAAGACAGAAGGUAUGAGCAACUACAAGCCCAGGCUCAAGCCCAUGCGCAGCUGCAACCCAGGUCACAACCAGCACAUGCCCUUAUGAGCCGACACCCACGCACCCGUCUCUCUGCAAUGGACACAACGACCUCGUCGCCGAAUGACAGCACGGACGAAGCUAUGGAGGACGUCGCGGCUCCCGCAGCCGAUCUUGACGACGAUGACGACGAGGAAGAACAGGAGGACGGAGAAGAAGACGAUGACGAUGAUGACGAUCCAUUUAGUACACGCGGUGAUCUCCGUGCCGCUGGAGGAACAGGGCGACCCAUGUCUCCCGGCGCCAGACGUAGCGCCUACCUUAGCCAGAUGCGCGCUCGAGGUGGCAGACACGGGCGCUCACAAUCACAUACGCACACUACUUCUAUCCCAACAUCAACCUCCACCUACACAUCGGCGGCACCUUCGCGCGCUCAGCGCAUUAUGGGCUCCGCAUCGGCGUCUGCGCUGCCUUCUGCGCCCACCUCGGGCCAGAGUUCGCAGGUACCCGCGCACCUACAACAGACGCCCGUACAAAAUACGGCACCAGGUGGCACCACGACAACCCGGGCUGGGGCUGGGCGCGCCGGACGACAAGCCAGCGAGCCACCUCCCGCGCCUACACGUGUGACGCGCAGUCGGGACGAGCGGAUCGGAAUAGCCCCCGGGCCACGACCGGCAGACACGGGGCCAGGAGGUGCUGCAGGACCGACUAUGAGACGGCGAUAGAGUCGCUGGCACUCAAAUGUCGCAGCACACGGCUAUGGAGAUGAGGCGUAUAUACAGAUGCAAGGCCUUGCGCAGGCAGCGACACCAGCAGCGGCAGCCACUCAGCCACAAGCACAAACAGAAACUAGCUCACUAACAGCAACAACAACAACACCGUCGUCGCCGGAAGAUAUUCUAAUGCACCUUGACGGACACGCCAAGGAGGAAGACAUGCUCUGGGACCACGACUACGUCUACACAGCGGACUUGCAAGUCGAGGAAGCACAUCCCUGGGACGAAGCCGACAUCGAAGCAGGCUCACCCGCGUCCUCGCACCAGCGCCGGCGGAUGCGCGCACACACAAUGCGUCUGAGAGGGAACGCGGGGAUGUACACUCCC